UAAAGUUCAGAGUUCAAAAGGUCAACACCAACACAUUGCAUCGUGAACAGAACUAUGGAGUGUUUUGAGAUAACUUGCCUUUUAGUUAUAAUUACUUGCAUACUUUAUAUAUACCACAAGAGGAACGAAAGAAAGAUUAAAGAUUUUGCGUCAAAAUUUCCUAAAGAUAAAAUCAAGAAUGUCGAGAAAAUUCACUAUGACGUAGCAAUCUGUGGUGCGGGUCCGGCAGGCAGUACCUGUGCUUACUACCUAGCAAAAUUGGGUUGGAAAUGUCUGCUUCUGGAGAAAAAGAAGUUCCCUCGUGACAAAUAUUGUGGAGAUGCAGUGUGUAAAACAGCCAUAGAGAUUUUGAUGGACAUGGGUGUCUAUGACCAACUCAUUCAAGAAAACAAGGCACAUGUAGCAGACAGUGGGGGUUUGUGCAGUCCUGGGGGACUGAGCUAUGUUGGCCGCAGUAAAGAGGUUCUUGGAGAAAUCCCUGCAGCCAUUGCCUGCAAGCGACUUCAUCUGGAUGAUGCUAUAGCAAAAGCAGCCCACAGGAUGUGUGCAGAUCUACAAGAAGAUUGGGCAGUAAAUGAAGCCAAGUUUGAUAACUCCACAGGAUUGUGGACAAUUUCUAGGGUGGAAUCAACAGACACAUUCCAAUCAAGGGUGUUGGUCUGUGCCGAUGGUGCUCCAUCUAGACUGGCCACACAGCUUGGCUUGAUAUCACGCCCCCCAGAUAGUACCUGCUCCAGGGCGUAUGUUGAGGGAGGGACUCACAAAUUCAAAGCUGAUGGUGUUGUCUUUUAUAAUAAAGAAAUGUUACCAGGAUACUCUGCUCUGUUUCGCCAUCCAAACGAUGAGCUGAAUUACUGUGUUUACAUCAUUCCUGGUAACCCCAAAGUGACCCCUGAUGACCUUAAGUACUGGCAUGACUACCUCCAGAAGAAAGACCCCAACAUCAGCCGAGCCCUCGGGGAGGAUGCUAAAAUAGAGAGGAUGAAUGCAGCCAGUCUCAGACUGGGGGGAGAGAAAGUGUCAUUUGGAGAUCAUGUUUUGGUUGUGGGGGAUGCAGCAGGCAUGAUAGAUCCACUGACAGGGGAAGGUAUACAUCAUGCAAUGGAGGGAGGAAAGAUGGCAGCACUGUUCUUAGAUGAGGCCAUCAAGCAGGGUAACUAUGACAACGACCUUAUGAAACUUUACCAUCAGCGAUGGAUGAACAAAUUUGGUUUCGAUUUUAAAUGGUCUAUGAUAUUUUGUCAAGCGAUGUACCGGUUUCCCAUUUUACUGGAUGCCUCUGCUGCAGCACUGAAGAGAAAGGGAGACAAAUUCUUAGCUAAAUGGGCUGAUAUUAUGACUGGGAGAGUCCCAAAAAUAUACAUGCUGAAACCAGAGUUUUCCUUAACUAUAGGAUAUGAACUGAUACGACUUCUUAUAGAGAGAUUCUAUGGAUCAAAGGAAGAUGAAAAGAAAACACAGUAAAUCAACAAUGUUUUAGAACAAAAAUAUUUCACUCCAAAGAGUUUUAUGGACUUUUAUUAUGUUAUUGAAUUACUAUGUUUUGUCAAUUUCAUUACAUGAGAACACACAUGUAGUACUUUUUCAGCUUCACAAAACCUGUGCCAUCAUGUGUAUAUAUACAUGUAUUAAAUAUACUGUAUAAUUUGUCAAGAA